CAACGCAAAGGUGAGUUCAGUUGGAAUCUGAUACUCGGUGCGAGCGAACGUUGAGCGCAGGCGAAACACGUUGACGGCGAACGUAGCAAAGACGACGACGAAUCGUCCCAACAACGAUUCCGGCUUUUUGUAUGAAUAUUUAUUUUGGGGUUUUUUCUUCGUUUGAUAUAAAUAAAUAUAAAUAAAGCUGGAAACGAAUCAGACCGAAAAAUUGUGGAAUUAAUUUGUAUUAUUAAAUUAUAAAUUUUUUGUUUGCAUGUUAUUUGUGUUUUGUGCCGCGAGCGGUGAGAAAAUCUCAAAACGAGGCAGUUAACUGUUUAAAGUGCGAAAUUUAGUGAAAAUGAUAUGAUAAAUAAAUUUUUAUUAUUUGAAUUGCCGCUUGUGGAUCGACAGGGUGUGCAUAAAAGCAUCGACAACAAAAUUUUUAUUAAAAAAACGCCCAACCGCCGACUAAAAGUUGCAUUGCAAAUUAACAGUAAAAACAAAAGUAAAACCAAAAACAACAACUGCGCCGACGAGUUUUGCAUUUUUGAUUGGAAAUUAAAAAUAUUGUCAAAGCAAACAAAAAAAUAUACAUAUAUAUAUAUACAUAAAACCUUUUAAAGCAAUACUGAAACGCUAAGCGCUAUUUUUUCUACAUUUUUUUCUGCUACUGAGAAAAAUUAAAAAUUUGCAAUUUUAAUUAAUUAACAUUUGUAUACAAGAAAUAAAAAUAAAAAUUAUCACAACCAAAGGCAUUGCCUAAGCAUGUGCAUGAAAAAUUGUUUAAAGCAAAUAUAAAACAAAUAAAAAAAAUAAAAGUAGAGGUGACAAAGUCGCAAAGAAAUCAAGAAACCAGUGGAAUAGCAGCAAAUAAAGUAAAAUAAAAGUAAAUAACCAAAAAAAAAUAAAUAAAUAAGUAAAUAACAAAAUGGUUACUUCAUGUCUUGUUUCAAACGACGACAGCUGCGACGAGCUUAGCGUCAAUAACAAUAAUAAUAACAACAAAAACAACCACAACAACACUCGCAAAAACCGGGUGAACAAAAUCAACAGCGACAAUAGCGGCAAUAGUAGCAGCUGCAACAGCAACAGCAACAAAGCGACAAUAUUCAACAUUAAAAAAAUUCAACUACAACAACAACAGCAACGAAAUACGUCUAAUUGUGAAAUGAAAAAUUCAAAUGUAAAUAAUUUUACAACACUUCGCAUAUCCCUGAUUGGGAUUUUGACAUAUUUGGCCGUGGCCAAUACAAUUGUUGCGGUACAGGGUGCUGCGGUUUACUCCAAUAUCAACUUCCUCACCAAUCCAAAUUUCGAACAAAUCUGCAGUGUGCAACAGGAGCAAUACAUCGAGAGCGAUGGCAAAGAAUCUAGUCUAAUACUUGAAUUUGCGCCCGGCGUUUUAGCCGAGAAGCGUAAAUUGUGCACACGCAUCCUGAGUGCGCCCACCAAUUACGGUUUCAUUGUACGCCUCAUUUUACCAAAGAUACGACGAAAUCGUCAUGGUGUCACCACUGCGGUCAAUGGAAAAGCCGAUAGUGUAAUUGGCCCGGCGACAAGUAGCACAUUGGGUACAAUGGCCACCACAAUGACUUCGACGUCGGCGGUGACGAAAACCGGUGCAAUGGCGUCAGACAAUGCAAUGGUAGAUUCGGAUGCAAAUGCAUCGAGGAGAAGUAGUAUUCCAGCACUGAGUGGUAUGACCACAUUGAUUGAUAAGUUCAACGCAACUGUAACCAAGUCAGCGAAGGCAACGAGAUCUUGUCCAUUGUCUAUUUUCAGUUCGUUGGAUUUCCAUACGCCCCAAUGGCGGCUCGAUCCAUGUCAGCUGGAAGAUACAGCGCCUGAAAUGGAAGAUCCGGUACGUCUUUUCCAUGGACGCGUGCGCAUUGUUUGGGAGCAUGGGCAUCACACGCUGCACUCCAAGCUUAUGGUUACAGCUUUGGGUAAGGGGGAGCAGUGUCGUAGUGAGAGAAAGCAUCAGUGUUUAAGAAUUGGCGACGAACCGAUUCUCUGCAUUUCCAAAGAGCUCGUUUGUGACGGCAUUCGCCACUGUCCGGUUAGUAAUGAAUAUGACAGCGAUGAGGAUUUCGAAAUGUGUUGGAAGCGUCGUCGUUAUGGUGCACCCAUACCACCGGCGAUGGAAACGGAUAUUUUCGAACAUUUCGCUUUGGAAGUUUUUCGCAAUCUAUUCGCAUUCGAUGUGCCACCAUAUGACGAGACGACAACGAUUGCUGGCAUAACAGCUGAUCCGACACAGGAGGGCAACCCCUCCAAAGGUGCUGUGAAUAGCACUACACUACGUAAGAUAGAUUCAAAACAGAUAAGCCAAGCCGCUUCGGGAGCUGCUAAUAGUAAGGUUGGCAAUAGCACUGUGGCACCUAUAACGGCAACUGAGGCGAAUACCACCGAAAGCACGGGCGGUCACCAUCGGCGCAACUCGACGCGAUCGGGUCUCAAUUCGGAUCUAUCGAAAUACGGUCCGUGGGGUUACUUAAUGCUAGGCAUGCUGCUGUGUGGCGGCGCUUUGCUGAUCUGUGGACUUUGGGUUUGCUGUUGUCGCUUAAGCUUUCACAUUCAAACCAUCCGUUCACUUUCAGCCUCCGCCUCUCAGCACGCGACACAAAACGAACGCGAAGCAGCGCUACAGAGCGGCGCCACCGCCGGCGGUGGUGAUCUUCAGACGAGCACCACAGCGCCACCCAAUUACGAAGAGCUUGAUCCGCCACCAGCUUACUCGGUGCUCUUUCCCAAUCAGAAGGCAGCUUCAAGUACAACAUUGAGUUCGCUUGGUGCAGCCGCGCUCAUGCCACCAACAAUGGCUGCCGUGGCUGUAACAACACCCAAUGGUACCGCAUUGACAAUGCCCACAGGUGGAGCCUCAACACCAGCAGCAGCAGAAGCAGGAGCAGCAGCGACUUCGGCAGCACCCUCAGUGGCUGCGACGACAUCUGCCUCGUCUGCUGCUGCUGGCUUAUCCAGCAUUCGUAUACAGCUCGAGGGUGCAACGUGUAGUUCGCAAGCUCACUGAUAGCGGCUGUGCGUUCGCGUGGUACCUGGAAAUACGACGUCGCCUAAUGUUAAUAAAAUACUAUAGCGUAGAGAAGAAGUUUUUCAGAUUUUUCGAAAAAACGACUGACUUUUUAGUUCGAUUUAAGUAAAUAAUCCUUAGCUAAGCUACAAAAUAUAUAGUUAACUUUUUAGGUUAGAGUUUUUUAACGGUUUUUUUGUUUGUCCAAAGGUAUUACUGACUUUAUGACUUUUGUUAAAUUAAAUUGUUUUUUGUUUUUUGCUUUAUAUGACGAAGAAAAUAGUGACAUUUUAACAGAAAAUUGUAUGGUUUUGAACCAAAACGAAGUGAAGUUUCGAAGCUUAUUAUUGAUGUGAGAAGCUUUUUUCCAAAGUUCUAAAAAGCUAAGUAAUUUGUCAAAAUCAGGCAAAAAUUUCUUAGAGCUUUUUACUUUUUCUUAAAAUUUAAAAUUUCCAAAUUGCUUUGAAAGCACAAGGAGCAUAAUAACCAUGGUUUGAUACCUAUUUAAUUAAAUUAUUUUAAAACAGUGAAAAGAUUUUCAAUUCUCCAGAGCUGUAUCUAAUAUAUUUAUGAGCUUUCUCAGAAGAAAAUUUAAUUUCCCUAAAAUAUUUUUUAACAAACUAAUAUUAAAGCUUUUUGAAAGCUCGAUUCGUUUAAAAAAUACUAAAAUAUCGUAAAAAGUAGAGGUUGAAGCUUUGAAAUCACAGAAAGGAUGGAAAAUAGUUCGAGGUUUGUAACUUAAUUAAGAAGCAGUGUUCAAAAGUGCAGAAAAUAUUCUCCAAAACUUGGUCAUGAGCUCAAAGCUUUUCAUAAUUACGCUUUUUGCAUCUGUCGUCUUCAAAAGUCUUUUGGAAACUUUUAUUUUUUUCUAAAUUUUUCCUUGGCAAUAUCAUUUUCAACAAAUAGAACGUAAGCUUUAAAAGCACAGAAAGCUCAAAGUAAAAUCUUUAUCUGAAGUUUUGGAGAGACUCUCGUUUUUAUUUACAAAUUAGUGAUUAUCUGAUAGAAAUAUUAGAAUUAAAAGCUCUUUAACACCUUCAAUAAUAAUUAAGCUUUUCAAAUCAUUUUAGUAAAAUGUAGCUCCAAGCUUUCAAUUGUUUAACAGUCUGCUCUUCUUUUGAUUUCUCCUGCUUUUUUUUUAAAUAUUAAUUGAAAAAAUUUUAGCACUUUUAGCUUAAAAGCUUUUCGAUAUUUUUGGUAACGCUGUGCUAUAGUUUUCCAAAUCCUUCUUUGAUAAAUAUACCUUAAAGCUUUCCUGUCUUUAUCAGCCUUUGUUUACUUCUUUUUUUUGUAUUUUUUUAUCAAAGAAUCAAUAGUCCAGCCAAAGUUUUUUAGUAAAAGCUCUCCACCAUACGAAUUAUUGUUUGCAUUUAAUAACGAAACAAAUAAAUAUCUGGAAGUUACAAAUGGUUUGAAUUAUUUUGUAUUUGUUUAAAAAUAUAUUCUUUAAGUUUUUCCUGCCCUCCGCUCUCCUGUGAGAGAUUUGCGAAAACGAAAGGAGAUGGGCAUAACAAAAAGCUCUAAGGCAGACUUGACGUUGAAAUUGUAACGAAAAAAUAGUGUAGGUAUGUAAAAAUUACUAAUUAAUAAUUAAACUAAAUUUUUUUUUAAAGUAUUCUAAAUA